CAGAGGAGAGAGCAUAAAAUGAAUUUCUUUACCUUGGUGAUAGGUCUCUUGUUGGUGCUGUGGAGUCAGCGAGCAUGGAUCUCCGUCCUUAUCCUUGGCAUGAGACACAAAAGGCUCCCACCAGGCCCCGUCCCUCUCCCCAUCGUUGGGAGCCUCUUCAAACUCGGUAACAAACCCAACGAGUCUCUCGCCCGACUCGCUAAGACCUAUGGCCCACUCAUGACUCUGAAACUCGGUUGCGUGACCACUGUAGUUGCUUCCUCUGCCACCAUGGCCAAAGAGGUCCUCCAAACCCACGACCAGGCCCUCUCCGGUCGAUUUGUCGUGGAUGCCGUUCGGGUUCUGAACCACCACCAGGGGUCCAUGAUAUUUCUCCCUCCUUCCUCCCAGUGGCGAAACCUUCGCAAGCUCUGCAACAAUCAUAUCUUCAACGCACAGAUACUUGACGCCAACAAAUCCAUUCGGCGCCAGAAGGUAAGAGAGCUCCUCGCUCAUGUCCGCGAAAGUGCCCAGGUGGGACGAGCCAUUGACAUUGGUCAGGCUGCAUUCACCACCGCCCUUAACCUGCUAUCGAACACCAUCUUCUCCGUUGACGUGGUCCGUCCAGACUCCGAGACCACACAGGAGUUCAAAGCGGCGGUGUGGGGAAUGAUGGAAGAAGCAGGAAAGCCAAAUCUUUCGGAUUAUUUUCCUGUAUUGAGACCAUUAGACCCGCAGGGUAUAAAGCGCCGUGCGACGAUUUAUACAAGAAGACUAUACAAGCUGUUCGACGAAAUGAUCGACCAACGAUUGUACUCCAGAGCUUCACUUCCUUCUCCUCCCACGAGGAAUAAUGAUCUUCUAGAUGUCUUACUCGAUCACUUCCUAGACAGCACUUCCGAGAUCGGCCGUCCCGCUAUCAAAUCGUUGCUUGGGGACAUAUUUGUAGCUGGGACCGAUACGAUCUCUACGACAAUAGAGUGGGCGAUGGCAGAGCUACUCCAUAACCCAGACUCAAUGACGAAGGUUCAAUGGGAGCUCCAAGAAAAUGUUGGUAAGGGGAAACCAGCGGAGGAGACUGAUAUCGCUCGGUUCCCUUACUUAAAAGCAGUGGUGAAGGAGACCUUGAGGCUGCACCCACCAGUUCCGCUAUUGAUUCCUCACAGAGCCGAAAGUGAAGUGGAGAUCUGUGGGUUCACUGUGCCCAAGGAUGCCCAAGUGCUGGUGAACUUGUGGGCUAUUGUUCGAGAUCCCAGCAUAUGGACGAACCCGGAUUCGUUCGUUCCUGAUAGAUUCUUGCAGGAGUCGUCUGGGAUUGAUGUCAGAGGGCAAGACUUCGAACUCAUCCCAUUCGGGGCUGGAAGAAGGAUAUGUCCAGGGAUGCCACUUGCGUUGCGGAUGUUGCACCUGAUUUUGGCUUCACUUUUGCAAUCGUUUGAUUGGAAGAUUGAAGAUGGGCUGAGCCCCAAGGACAUGGACAUGACCGAUAAGUUUGGGAUCACCUUGCAGAAAGCUCUACCCCUUAGAGCGAUACCAAUUGAGACGAGACGGUCUUGA